AGAGCGAGCGCGAGAGGGAAAAGGAGGGAGGGGGUGGGGAGGAGGGAAUCUUAUAUCACGUGACAGGGGCGGCGCGGCCCGGGGUGUCAGUGUGGAGGAGACUGAGUAUUCUUCCUUGUAAAUACUGUUAUUUGUAUAUACUGUAAAUGAUGACGUCGGUGGGCACUAACCGAGCCCGGGGAAACUGGGAACAACCUCAAAACCAAAACCAGACACAGCACAAGCAGCGGCCACAGGCCACUGCAGAGCAAAUUCGACUUGCACAGAUGAUUUCGGACCAUAAUGAUGCUGACUUUGAGGAGAAGGUGAAACAAUUGAUUGAUAUCACAGGCAAAAACCAGGAUGAAUGUGUGAUUGCUUUGCAUGACUGCAAUGGAGAUGUCAACAGAGCCAUCAAUGUUCUCCUGGAAGGAAAUCCAGACACGCAUUCCUGGGAGAUGGUUGGGAAGAAGAAAGGAGUCUCAGGACAAAAGGAUGGUGGACAAACUGAAUCUAAUGAAGAAGGAAAAGAAAAUCGAGACCGGGACAGAGACUAUAGUCGGCGACGUGGUGGGCCACCAAGACGGGGGAGAGGUGCCAGCCGUGGACGAGAGUGUAUGCAUGGGGCUUUAUCAAAACCAGCUGUGGUUCGGGGCCAGGAAAAUGGAUUGGAUGGCACCAAGAGUGGAGGGCCUUCUGGAAGAGGCACAGACAGAGGCAGAAGAGGCCGUGGCCGUGGCAGAGGUAGUUCUGGUAGGCGAGGAGGAAGGUUUUCUGCUCAAGGAAUGGGAACCUUUAACCCAGCUGAUUAUGCAGAGCCAGCCAACACUGAUGAUAACUAUGGCAAUAGCAGUGGCAAUACAUGGAACAACACUGGCCACUUUGAACCAGAUGAUGGAACAAGACUUGAUUUCAUUGGGGUUGAGGGGUCAAAUUAUCCCCGAAAAUUUGAGACUGCUCCUGGUAUGAUACAUCCAGGUGCAUGGAGGACUGCAACAGAAGAGUGGGGAACUGAAGACUGGAAUGAAGAUCUUUCUGAGACCAAGAUCUUUACCGCCUCUAAUGUGUCUUCAGUGCCUCUGCCUGCGGAGAAUGUGACAAUCACUGCUGGUCAGAGAAUUGACCUUGCUGUUCUGUUGGGGAAGACACCAUCUUCAAUGGAGAAUGAUUCAUCUAAUCUGGAUCCAUCUCAGGCUCCUUCCCUGGCUCAGCCUCUGGUGUUUAGUAAUUCGAAGCAGAAUGCCAUAUCACAGCCUGCUUCAGGGAGUACAUUUUCUCACCAUAGCAUGGUGAGCAUGUUGGGGAAAGGAUUUGGUGAUGUUGGGGAAGCUAAAGGUGGCAGUACAACAGGCUCCCAGUUCUUGGAGCAAUUCAAGACUGCGCAGGCCCUUGCUCAACUGGCAGCUCAACAUUCUCAAUCUGGAAGCACUACCACCUCCUCUUGGGAUAUGGGCUCAACAACACAAUCACCAUCACUGGUGCAGUAUGAUCUGAAGAGUGCAAAUGAUUCAACAGUGCACAGUCCUUUUACAAAGCGCCAGGCAUUCACCCCAUCUUCAACCAUGAUGGAGGUAUUCCUUCAGGAGAAGCCACCUGCAGUGGCUACCUCGACAGCUGCACCACCUCCCCCGUCUUCUCCUCUGCCAAGCAAAUCCACCUCGGCUCCACAGAUGUCUCCGGGGUCUUCAGACAACCAGUCCUCCAGCCCUCAGCCGGCUCAGCAGAAACUGAAACAGCAAAAGAAGAAAACCUCCUUGACGUCUAAGAUUCCUGCUCUGGCUGUGGAGAUGCCUGGCUCAGCAGAUAUCUCAGGGCUAAAUCUACAGUUUGGGGCAUUGCAGUUUGGGUCAGAGCCUGUCCUUUCUGAUUAUGAGUCCACCCCCACCACGAGCGCCUCCUCAAGCCAGGCUCCUAGUAGCCUGUAUACCAGCACGGCCAGUGAGUCUUCAUCUACAGUUUCAUCUAAUCAGAGUCAGGAGUCUGGUUAUCAGAGUGGCCCGAUUCAGUCGACAACUUAUACCUCCCAAAAUAAUGCUCAGGGCCCUCUAUAUGAACAGAGAUCCACACAGACGCGGCGGUAUCCCAGCUCCAUCUCUUCAUCACCCCAAAAGGACCUGACUCAGGCUAAGAAUGGUUUUAGCUCUGUGCAGGCCACGCAGUUACAGACCACGCAAUCUGUUGAAGGUGCUACAGGCUCUGCAGUGAAAUCUGAAUCACCUUCCACUUCUAGUAUACCCUCUCUCAAUGAAACAGUACCUGCAGCUUCCUUACUGACGACAGCCAAUCAGCAUUCAUCCUCCUUAAGUGGCUUGAGCCAUACGGAGGAGAUUCCAAAUACCACCACCACACAACAUAGCAGUGCAUUAUCUACACAGCAGAAUACCCUUUCUUCAUCAACAUCUUCUGGGCGUACUUCAACAUCCACUCUUUUGCAUACAAGUGUGGAGAGUGAGGCAAAUCUACAUUCUUCCUCCAGCACCUUCUCUACCACAUCCAGCACUGUCUCUGCACCUCCCCCAGUGGUCAGUGUCUCCUCCAGUCUGAAUAGUGGCAGUAGUCUGGGCCUUAGCCUGGGCAGCAACUCUACUGUCACAGCCUCAACUCGAAGCUCAGUUGCUACAACUUCAGGAAAAGCUCCUCCCAACCUUCCUCCUGGAGUCCCGCCAUUGUUGCCUAAUCCAUAUAUUAUGGCUCCGGGGCUGUUACAUGCCUAUCCGCCACAAGUAUAUGGUUAUGAUGAUUUACAGAUGCUCCAGACAAGAUUUCCAUUGGAUUACUACAGUAUCCCGUUUCCCACACCCACCACUCCACUUACUGGGAGGGAUGGUAGCCUGGCCAGCAACCCUUACUCUGGCGACCUCACCAAAUUCGGCCGCGGGGAUGCCUCCUCCCCAGCCCCAGCCACAACCUUGGCCCAACCCCAACAGAACCAGACGCAGACUCACCACACCACGCAGCAGACAUUCCUGAACCCGGCGCUGCCUCCUGGCUAUAGUUACACCAGCCUGCCAUACUACACAGGGGUCCCGGGCCUCCCCAGCACCUUCCAGUAUGGGCCUGCUGUGUUCCCUGUGGCUCCUACCUCUUCCAAGCAGCAUGGUGUGAAUGUCAGUGUGAAUGCCUCGGCUACCCCUUUCCAACAGCCAAGUGGAUAUGGGUCUCAUGGAUACAACACUGGAAGAAAAUAUCCACCCCCUUACAAGCAUUUCUGGACGGCUGAGAGCUAAUUUGGCCCAAGCCUGGGGGCUGUGUUUUGUGUGUGUGUAUAAAUUUGCACUGAAGUCUUGUUUCAGAAACCAGACCACUGAGGAGAGCCUGCUGAGCUGAGGCCAUGGCCUGCGUGGCUUGGGGAAAUGAGUUGGUGGAUACCUUCUGGGCUUUUGAACUUGCCCGUUCCCCAUUUCCCUCUCCCCCAUAUGUUUGACCCUGUCUUACCCAUUUCGAGUUCGAGCCAUGCAGCACCUCCGAAGCAUCAAUGCACACACCUGCUGUUGCUUUUGAUUUCUGGAAGGUGUGUCAGUCACCUCCAGUAACACGGGCGUGCCAGAUAUAUCCGGUUCUGUGUACUCCAAAACCCAGCAGUCCUUUGAGAAACAAGGGUUUCAUUCCGGUACUCCUGCUGCCUCCUUCAACUUGCCUUCAGCCCUAGGAAGUGGAGGGCCCAUCAAUCCAGCCACAGCUGCUGCCUACCCACCUGCCCCCUUUAUGCAUAUUCUGACCCCACAUCAGCAGCCACACUCUCAGAUCCUUCACCAUCACCUGCAGCAGGAUGGCCAGACGGGCAGCGGGCAACGUAGCCAGACCAGCUCCAUCCCGCAGAAGCCCCAGACCAACAAGUCUGCCUACAACAGCUACAGCUGGGGGGCCAACUGAGGCCCUGACCCUCUUCUCCUGUCCCAUCUUCUGAGAGGGCUUCUCAGCCUGGAAACUAUGGAAACAGCAUCAAAGAGAGAAAAGAAUGUGGGGCGAUUCCGCUGCUCCACACCCCCAGCGGCCCAUCCCACACCUCAGCUUCAUGUCUGUCCCAUCCCUAUACCAUCCCACCCUGUUGUAUGUAUUAUAGGAUUUGUAUUUUCUUCUCCUCCCCUCCUCUUCCUCCUUUCUCUUUGCAUUCAAGAUUAUGAAACUUUGCUGUGGGCCCUGCCUUUCCUUCACUUCUUCCUGUUCACCCUGGUGGUGUAUGGGUGAGGUGGGAAGGUGACCCCCCCCCCAAAUAUAUAUCAGCCCAACAGCCCUAAGUCUCCUCCUUUAUUAUUAGGAAAACCAAACCACACACACACAUACAGACACACACACACACACACACACACACACACACACACACACAAAAUGGCGUCAUAAAUAUGAACAGCAUUGUCAGAUGGA